AUCCUGAAACAAAGCAGAUGUAAGAAGGCUGCAUAGUUUCAUGGUACAUGUGCUGUCAGUGGCAGUUUUGUGCCUUUCAUGAUAUACAGCGAUAGGCAGCCUUGGCUCUCCAGCAGUUGCUGAACUACAACUCCCAUCAUCCCCAGGUGACCAAAGCAUGUUUGAGAAUUCGAACACUGUCCCUACACCAAAGCUGCCACCUGCCAAAUCUGCUUCCUUGCAGUGCAGAUCCUCCUCAGGUAUGAGUCUACGAGGCCAGUCCACUGCUUUUGAAUGGGUAGGUGGCAACCAGCACCUCAAGCAUCUCAGCAAGACAGUUGGCACAAAAGUCAGCGAUUUCCUACGCAGAAAGGAGUCCAGCAGCCACAGCAGCCUGGGGGUAACAGAAGUCAAUGAGAGCGCAGAGGCAGCACUCUCAGCUGGAGGAGGCACAUUGCUGAGCAGCCAGGACCAGGCAGAGAGGCAGGUACCAAUUGAUUCCAUUCCCCAACUCAGCCCACCCCCACUGAUUACCAAAAAGCGAACUCCAAGAGCACUGAAAACCACCCAAGAUAUGUUGAUUGCUUCCCAACCAUCGAUGAAGAACACAGAUGGUUCCAUUCCAGAGGAAAGCCAAGGGGGUCCAUGCCAAGCUGCCAGGACAGAGGAGUGGGAGGCACAAGAGGAUGGAACCAGUCCCAGAAGGGCUUUUGGUGUUCCUGACCUCAUUCAUAAGGACAACCUGGAACCCAAACUGAAUACUGCCUACAGAAUAUGCCCCAUCUCUUGCGCAGAGAAUUCUGCUCUCAGUCUCAUUUCGAGCCCUGACAAAAGCCUUCCUGAGUGCCUGUUGCAAAGCAACAUGGAUCCCUCAAAGGCAAAUAUAUCCACUCUGGAAAGUGAAGGCCACAGCCCAGACUUGCUGUCCUUUGAGUAGUGCUGUGUCCUUUCAUCAGCAGCUGGGUUUAUACUCAUUUCAUAGCCAAGUCCAUCACCACCAUUGUUUAAGAUUUCCUGAGCCAGAUGUCUUGCUACUUGGAAUAUUUCCAGAGGGCCGCUUCCUGUGCACUGUAGGACAAAGUUGCAGCAGGAACCAUCCCAGAAGCCAGCCACUGGGACUCCACAACCUGUGCUAACCCUGCAUCAGUCCCUGGAUGUACUGGCUGGGGACCAGCCUGGACUAAGGUAACCUGCACAACCUGACUGUGGGGAUUUGCGGUAUUGAAAUUACACAUCCAAAUGGAACCACCUGGAUGUACUCUUAGGCUACAUUCCUACAGAAUCCUGGGAUGUAUACAUGAUCCCAGAAGAAAUUACCUCUCCAGAUCCUAGAACUGGUCCUGUGAACAGAUAACGAAGAUGCUCUUGUUUUGCUGGAGCUGGGUCUUCCGGCCAUUCCUUCCGCUCUGCACUCGGAUCACCUCAGGUGCUGUCACACUUCAGAGCUUCAUAAUGGUGACUCAAGUGCAAUUCAAAAGUGAAAGCACUAAGAGAGGCAUUUCUAUUGCUUCUCCCAAAGCAAUGCUCCAUUCCUUUUCAUCACUAGCCCUUUCCUGUACAAUACGUCUCUCAACCAAUAGUGCUGAUGGGUAUGACUUGAAGGAGUAGCGAUCCUGGCUUCUGUGAGUUAUGCUAAAGGUUCUGCACAAGCAGGCACUUUAAAUCAACUUCAGGAAUGCCUUAAUGUAAGCCACAGCCUCUGCUUUAGCCACUCAAAGACAGUAAGAGGCCAAAUCUGUCUGCAUCAAAUCUUGCCGCCUUUAUUUGAGCUGUUGACCCCGACAAGCUUCCUGAUAGCACUUCCACUGGAGUUCUGUUCAUCCAGAUGGCCAGGGACCUUAGUCUCUUUUGCCAGAUUGAUGCUCUCAGCAAGAGCUACAUGCCUGUUUUAACCAGUUCUGGGGGAAAUUCUCUACAGCAGCAUGGUGCUCAAGUGCCAUCCUUUAUGCUAGUGUCUGCCAGGAAGUACAGUCUAUACUUGUGCUGCUACCCUUACCACCCCAUGAUCCUUCUAGAGCCUGUCGGGUCCUGAUAUCCCUCUUGUACGCUAUCCAACACUAGGUGUUUUCAAGCUAGAGAACAAGGCAUAUAAGCCAAGCAAGUUGUUGCAAAUUAUUCUCUGUAACUUGUUCCCUGACCAGCCACCUGCUGCUGCUGCAGUAGCUUCCACUGCCAUCACUACUGCUGCCACCGCCACCACCUUUCCCUCCCUCUCACAGUGCAAGCUAUUUCUACAGCUUACACUGUAGAGGUCUGAGCAUAUUUUGGUUGCUGACAUGCAUAUCCAGAAAAUACCAUUUGCAGAUGUCAGCCUCACUGUGAACACUUCAUUUUUUUAAAUUAAGUUCUGUCAUGCAUAGUGCAACCACUAUGCAGAUGCUCAGAUGAUUUCCAGAUGAUGGACCCAUCUGGGAAUCUGGCCACAAAACUUUCUUGUCAAAGGACUUCCACUACAUCGGUGCAUAUUCCCCUCCAGAAUUGCUCUCACCUUUUCUUUGUAUGGUUGUCAUUUUUUCCAACAAAGCUUCUGUACACUAGAGCUGUAAUAAAUAUGCACUAAUAUUUGAGCUUCA